GGGGAACCGGACCCCGGGGAGGGGAGGGAGGACGUUGCCUGUGCAAUCCAGGAAGGGAGGGUAUGUGAAAAGCCAGUUACCGGGAACUGUGUGAAACCAAACCAGCCUCAUCUGACAAAGCACACGAACCCUCACUGCCCCGACUGCUUGCUGGUCUCUCUUUGUUGAGCUCCAAGGACCCAGGAGUCCGGGUGCACAGCCUCCUUCCCUCUGAGAUUCAACAGUCUGAUCAGCAGCCUCUUCCUCCUCCAGGACCCAGAAGCCCCGUGCUCACCCCCAUGGAGCCCUGCCGGUCCCUGGCCCUGCUUGUGGGCUUCCUGGGCCUGAUGUUCUGCCUGAUUGCUUUGAGCACCGAUUUCUGGUUUGAGGCUGUGGGUCCCAACGACUCAGCUCACUCGGGCCUCUGGCCAACGGGGCAUGGGGACAUCAUAGCAGGCUACAUUCAUGUGACGCAGAGCUUCAGCAUUCUGGCUGUCCUGUGGGGCCUGGUGUGCGUGAGCUUCCUGGUCCUGUCCUGCAUCCCCUCACUGUCCACCCCAGGCCACGGCCCCCUUGUCUCAACCAUCACAGCCUUUGCUGCAGCCCUCUCCAUGGCAGUGGCCAUGGCGGUGUACACCAGCGAGCGGUGGGACCAGCCUCCACACCCCCAGAUCCAGGCCUCCUUCUCCUGGUCCUUCUACCUGGGCUGGCUCUCAGCUAUCCUCUUGCUCUGCACAGGUGCCCUGAGCCUGGGUGCUCACUGCGGCAGCCCCCGGCCUGGCUAUGAAACCUUGUGAGCAGAAGGCAAGAGCGGCAAGAUGAGUUUUGAGCGUUGUGUUCCAAAGGCCUCAUCUGGAGCCUCCGGAAAGUCUGGUCCUACAUCCGCCCCACCCUUUCAGCCCUUCCCCAGCCCCUCCGCUUGUUUCUUCAUUCAUUCAACAAAAUUUGGCUGGAAUCUGGCUAUUCUGAGAUUAAUUCUGCCAAGACCUAAGCCAACCGUCUGCCAGCUCCAUGGUAGGAGCUGAGCACCAAGAGAAGGUGACAGCCCACGAGGCCGACCAGCCUGCAGGGCGCUCCUGUCCAGCGCAACUGCCUGGCCUGUGUGGAUACAGGCUCCAACCUGGGUCUAUCUCUCCCCUUCUCCAGCACUUUUCUUUCUCCCUUUAGCUGGCUCUCUUUCCUUCUCUUUCCCUCUCUGAUUUUGUACCCCUUGCCAAAACUCAGCCCUUCUUUGCA